AUGGAAGAAGGUGAUGAAACUAAACCUAUAGUUACUAAUUUCCAUGACCCCUUUAAUGCAGUUUCGAUUAAUAAACUGCGUGCACCAACCGAUUACCAAUUAAUUGAUGAAAUUGAUCAAUUCAUGGGCAUUUGGUUCGGAAGCCGGACAUUACGAGCAAGUUUGAGUCGAUUGGAUCAACAGGCCUUUGGAAACAUGCGACCAGCAAACAAUGAGAUAAAUGAGACUACCAGAAACGCAGAAACAUUAUUGGACUCCUGGUUACCAGAUAAUUUCAAAGCAUGGGUUGAUUUCAUUUACCCUGUAGCAUUGACCACCGUGGUCUCUCCAAACGGGACAAAUGAGGACGCACUUGAUCGAGAGUUGGCUUUUCCCAGCUAUGUACUUAGUCAGGGAAACCCAACGCUCAGACGACUGAUCAUAUUGAUAUGUAUACACAAUUCCCCGGCUCACAACUUACCUUCAGAUAUACUAUAUGUCCUCCUGGCCUUAUGCGCUGGAGGUACACAUAAUGGACAAUUUUGUUUAAAGAUUGCUCGACGUGAGAUGUAUAAUGAUCAAUUCCCAGACUUAGCAUGUCACUUACACCACCUAAAUGAAGGGAUAAAUCAUCAAGAAUGUCGUAGUAAUCUAACACAUCAUGAUUAUGAACAACAAUGCGCUGGUCAAAGGAUUUUCGGUUUUACUGAACAAGAACAACAAUUAAUUCUUAAUUCUGAGAACGGUGUUAUUAUGUGUGGUGAUUGUGGUUCAUUGGAAACAUGGGGUGAGUCAGGGCCUCAUAAUGCUCCAGGCAUUAGACAACAAUGCAAGAACCAACACCAAAUUGUUAGUAGUGAUCAUGAAAUCUUUUCACGGCAUCACAUUCUUCGGCGAGGGACAGGAUGGAAAACACAACGCCGUGAAGGGUUUGAUCCACCAACCACUAAUCAGUGGUUUAUCAAUCCUUACAGUAAUGAGAUUCGGCACAAUCCCCAAUGCACACACACACAAUCAUUAGACAAUUAUGAAUGGCCAAUGGUAGACCCGCAUCAAUCCAUUAAUAUCGGACGAGAUCCUAUACCAAACAAUGAGAUUCGACUACAUAAUAAUUUUAGCCAAACUUCUCGUCCCAAUUCAUCCUACCUUUUACCGAAAGCAAACCAUUUCCUUGUUGUUCAACUCAACGAGAUAAAAAUUGAAGAAUACCUUUUACCUAGGUCUGGGAUGCGACUUGGGGCCGAUCAUCUUCCUCACUUUAUAUUCACCACAUGGC